GAAGUACGUGUGCUCCAAGCCCCAGAGGAAGAGGGAAGCGUUGAGCAGCUCUGGAGGUUUCUGUACGGCUCCUUCAUGGCUCAAUCAGCAAGCAGCAUAGACUCGGAUCUGGCCAGCAAACGGCUCCAAUCAAGAAUGGAGGCGUCAUGCUUGGAGUUGGCUUUGGAGGGUGAGCGUCUAUGUAAAGCAGGAGAUUUUAAGGGUGGUACAGCAUUCUUUGAAGCUGCAGUUCAGGUGGGAACAGAAGAUCUGAAGACUCUCAGUGCCAUUUAUAGUCAGCUGGGAAAUGCUUAUUUCUACCUGAAGGAGUACGGUAAAGCCCUGGAGUACCACCGCCAUGAUCUUACACUUGCACGGACAAUCGGUGACCGGAUCGGCGAAGGGAAGGCCAGCGGGAAUCUUGGAAACACUCUGAAGGUUUUGGGUCGUUAUGAUGAAGCAGCCGUGUGCUGUCAGAGACACCUGGACAUUUCACAAGAACAAGGAGACAAGGUCGGGGAGGCCAGAGCUCUGUAUAACAUUGGGAAUGUGUUUCAUGCGAAGGGCAAACAGCAGCUGUGGGGAUGUUCACAAGAUCCUGGAGAUCUUCAUCCUGAUGUGAGAGAUGCGUUGCAGAGAGCCACAGCCUUCUAUGAAAUGAACCUGUCACUGGUGAAGGAGUUGGGAGACAGAGCUGCUCAGGGACGAGCCUUUGGUAACCUUGGCAACACCCAUUACCUGCUGGGUAACUUUGUUGAGGCCAUUAAGUUCCACAGAGAGCGUCUGUCCAUUGCCAAGGAAUUUGGUGACAAGGCCGCCGAGCGGAGAGCGUACAGUAACCUAGGCAAUGCUCUCAUUUUCCUAGGCCAGUUCAAUGCAGCUACUGAGUAUUACAGAAAAACUCUGCUGCUGUCUCGGCAGCUGAAGGAUCAGGUGAUGGAAGCUCAAGCAUGUUACAGUCUGGGAAACACACACACACUGCUGCAGGAGUACGAGCAUGCCAUAGACUAUCACCUCAAACACCUGCUCAUCGCACAAGAGCUCAAUGACAGGGUUGGAGAGGGCCGGGCAUGUUGGAGUCUGGGUAAUGCUUAUGUGUCUUUAGGAAACAGCCGUCAGGCUUUACAUUACGCCCGAAAACACCUGGAUAUCUCCAGAGAGAUUGGGGACAGGAAUGGUGAGCUGACGGCCAGAAUUAAUGUUGAGGAGUUGAUGGAAGCUCUUGGGGUGAAGGAGGCCGAUCUCUCUCCAUCUGACUCAGAUUUUACAGUGCAGGGUGCCAGACCAAAGUUCACCAAAAACAACAGUAUGGAUAGUGUUGACCUCUGGAAAUACAAUACUGAAAAGAAUGGAGAUGGUCCUGAUGUUGAUGGUGUAUCAAGGAGGUCAAGGAACAGCAGAAGGAAAGGUUACACAGACAGUCAGUCAUCUGAUGAGAGACAAUGGCUGGACUCGCCUCUAGACACGGAUGACAUCACCGUUCAUGUCACACCUCCAAAGCUAAGUUGUGACCCAUCAGAUGAGGACUGCUUCUUUGACCUGUUGAGUAAGUUUCAGAGCAGCCGUAUGGAUGACCAGCGCUGCCAAAUGGAUGAUACGCCCGAUGGAGAGGAUGUGGGAGGAGUGGAUGAAUCUUCUUUUAAUGACAUGAUCGACGGCAGUUUCCUCUCUUCUCCUCAAACUGAAGAGCUGUUUGACUUGAUCGCUAGUUCUCAGAGUCGUCGUCUAGACGAUCAGAGGGUGAGUGUCAGCAACCUGCCUGGACUCAGAAUCACUCAAAAUAAUCUUGGUCACCUGUGCGGAGAGGGCGACCCUCAAGAGCCCAGCGACGACUUCUUCAACAUGCUCAUGAAGUGCCAGUCGUCCAGGAUAGAUGACCAGCGCUGCUCUCCUCCCGAAGGGGGUCCGCGGGCCCCUACGGUCCCUGAUGAGGAUUUAUUCAGUCUCAUACAGAGAGUUCAGGCGAAACGGAUGGACGAACAGCGUGUGCAGCUCCCGUUAGAUGAACAAGAGCCGCCUGAGGCUGAGAGAGAGCCAGAGGCUGCAGACUCUUGGUAAAUCCACAGGGUCCCGCAGUAGACCAGGGCCAAAUAUGGACAACAGGAACCAGAUGAAGGAAGAGGAAGGAUGCUUUUUUUGGUGCAAAACAGACUCUUUAAUGAGAUGAAAAGAAAUGUUCACUUCAGAGUGUGUAACGUGUGCUGCCAUGAGUGCAAAACAUGAUAUUUAGCGGAUGCAUGUGAGAUAAGAGAUCAUCAAAUUGCAACGCAAGUGCCAUCACAGUAUACGGUGAAGUGUUACACCUCAUGUGCUUUAUAGCCAAUGAUCCAUAAAGUUUAUAUUGACUAGAUUAACGGACACGCCUGCAUUUGAACUGAACUGACUUUGGGGAAUUCACAAAGAAUGAAUUGCGCCCACUGAUAGCAUUAUUUAUUUUAUGUUUUAUUGUCCGAUUCACUAAAGAUAUUACGCAAAACAGGUAACAGUGUAAAGACGGGGAAAAAAAUUGUGCUGAACACAACUUACACAGUUAGGGGAUGGUACUAAAUGCUAGGUUGUGGAGGAUUGUAUUGUAUUGUUUUGUAUUGUCAUUUUAAAAUGCGGAAAACUACACCACGCAUCUGGAUAUAUGAAAAGUUAUAUUGCUCUUCUCCAUCAUUUGAUCAUUAUUUGAUGAAUUACUGCUGUCACGAUCAAUAGAAAUCUCUUUUAUAUUAAAUGUACCCAUCUGCUUUCUGUGGGCAGUUAUUGCACCACACAAACAGAGAACAGUUCCUAUUAAUUUCUUUCCUUAAGAAUGUCAUACAAUCCUUCAUAAAAGAGAUGUGUGCCAAGAACCAAACCAACCAGCUCCGAGGUCAGUCACAGCAUUACAAACUUUGAUUUGAAGCAAAAAAGGAUUUUAAAAUAUGAAAAAAAGACAAAGGUACAAGACUGUGUACUUACCGUCUUUAAUGAGGGAAUGAACUACAAUCCCAUGAAGCAUUGCAAAAACUAUGGAAGAAAUAUAAAACGAUUUAUUUAAAAUAGUUGAUUUUAAGUAUAGAAAUAAUAUAUUUUAAUUUUAUUGUCAAACAUUCAGAUAUUUGCAAAUAUAAAUAGUGAGACUCGAGUGGGCAGUUGCCGCAGAGCACUUUUGCUGUGCUUUGUCUUCCACGAUUCUGAUUGUUGGAUCUUUCUCUUUAGGAUCAUGGGUUUUGUAGUUCUGUGCCAGAAAUUCUGCAAAUAAACACUAAUAAACUAAACAAAUAAUAAUAAUAAAAAAACGAUCUAUGUUUUGUAUUAAGUUGAAAGUGGACUGAAGGCUUUAACGGAAGCAUAUACCAUUGAUUAACAACCUCAGAACUCAAGGUAGGUUUGUCUUUAAAGGUUUAUAAGUUAUCAUUAAUAAUCAAGACCCCUACAGUAAAUAUGAAUUGUAUUUGUACUUCCAGAACCCAACUGUUUGCCCUAUUGUGUUCAAGCACCUAAAUCAGCUCUUUACAAUGCCCAAAGUGUUUGAUUCACCCCGUUGUUUCCAAUAUCAGAUGGACAACCACCUCAAUUGUCAUGUUUGCUUGCAUACUGCCUUAAAAUGAUAUUCAUACAGAGUCCCUUAGAGGACACGGUCUUGCUUUUUAAAUGGUUACUACAGUCAUGGUUAUUGCGGUUUUAGUAUCUAUGGUUACUGUAGAAGAAUAAUGCAGAAUUUUCGGGGGGGAUAGACCGAAAGCUAUUGUGAGGGAAUUCAGAACUAUUUCAGAAUAUAAAAUUCCUAACUAUUCUUUAAGGAGCUCUGUAGAGUUGCAGACUCUGAUUGUAUUCUGUAUUUUACGAGCACUUGAAGGAGUAUUGUUCUGGUUUAGUGUGUGUGUUUAUUGACAGUAUUAGUGUUGCAUCAUUGCCAGUGUUACAGAGCUGCUAACUUUGACCUUCCUAAUCGCAAGUGCAUUUGGGUUCUGCUUUUAUAUCGCAUUUAUAAUUUACCUGUAAAAUUAAUGAAGACCUUAGGGCUGCUUAUCUUUCCAAGAAACUCUUUGUUUUAUCAUAUUUGAAGAUAUAAUUGUUGUAAACUCCACAGAUGUAUUUAUUAAAAGUGUUGAUAAAAAUGGAUAUCUGUAAAAAAAAAAAAAAAAAAGAA